CGCGUUAUUGCUUCAGAGAAACCGAGCCGCUCUUUCUUUAUAUUCCGCUAAAACACCAGGCAAGAUGUCAAAGGGAACUGCAGUUGGAAUUGAUCUGGGCACCACAUAUUCCUGUGUGGGAAUUUUCCAGCAUGGCAAAGUUGAAAUUAUUGCAAAUGACCAAGGAAACAGAACCACACCUAGCUAUGUUGCCUUCACUGACACCGAAAGGUUGAUUGGCGAUGCAGCCAAGAACCAAGUAGCCAUGAACCCCACCAACACAAUCUUUGAUGCCAAACGUUUGAUUGGCAGAAGAUUUGAAGAUCAUGUGGUUCAGUCUGACAUGAAGCAUUGGCCUUUUAAAGUAAUCAGUGAUGGUGGACGCCCUAAGGUUGAAGUUGAGUAUAAAGGAGAGACUAAGAACUUCUACCCUGAGGAGAUUUCCUCCAUGGUGCUGGUUAAAAUGAAGGAGAUUGCUGAAGCCUAUUUAGGAAAGUCUAUCAACAAUGCUGUGGUCACAGUACCAGCUUACUUUAAUGACUCUCAGCGUCAAGCCACCAAAGAUGCCGGCACAAUCUCUGGACUAAAUGUUUUACGUAUUAUAAAUGAGCCUACUGCUGCUGCCAUUGCAUAUGGUCUGGAUAAGAAGGUUGGUGCUGAGAGGAAUGUCCUGAUCUUCGACCUUGGUGGUGGUACCUUCGAUGUGUCCAUCCUUACAAUUGAAGAUGGCAUCUUUGAGGUAAAAUCCACUGCUGGUGACACUCACCUGGGUGGUGAAGACUUCGAUAACCGCAUGGUAAACCACUUCAUUGCAGAGUUUAAGCGCAAGUACAAGAAAGACAUUAGUGACAACAAGAGAGCCGUUCGCCGUCUGCGCACUGCCUGUGAACGUGCCAAGCGCACCCUGUCCUCCAGCACCCAGGCCAGCAUUGAAAUCGACUCCCUGUAUGAGGGUGUUGAUUUCUACACCUCGAUCACCAGAGCUCGCUUUGAGGAGCUCAAUGCUGAUCUCUUCCGUGGAACCCUGGACCCAGUUGAGAAGUCUCUCAGAGAUGCCAAGAUGGACAAAGCUCAAAUCCACGACAUUGUUCUGGUCGGUGGCUCUACUCGUAUCCCCAAGAUCCAGAAGCUUCUUCAGGACUUCUUCAAUGGCAAGGAGCUCAACAAGAGCAUCAACCCCGAUGAGGCUGUGGCUUAUGGAGCAGCUGUCCAGGCUGCCAUCCUGUCUGGAGACAAGUCAGAAAAUGUUCAGGAUCUGCUGCUGCUAGAUGUCACCCCUCUGUCUCUCGGUAUUGAGACUGCCGGCGGUGUCAUGACUGCUUUGAUCAAGCGCAACACCACCAUUCCAACCAAGCAGACCCAGACAUUCACCACCUACUCUGACAACCAGCCUGGUGUGCUCAUUCAGGUGUACGAGGGUGAGCGUGCCAUGACCAAGGACAACAAUCUGCUGGGCAAGUUUGAGCUGACUGGAAUCCCACCUGCACCUCGGGGUGUUCCUCAGAUUGAGGUCACCUUUGAUAUUGAUGCUAACGGUAUCUUAAAUGUCUCUGCUGUUGACAAAAGCACUGGCAAGGAGAACAAGAUCACCAUCACCAAUGAUAAAGGUCGUCUCAGCAAGGAGGACAUUGAACGCAUGGUGCAAGAGGCUGAGAAGUACAAGGCUGAGGAUGAUGUACAGCGUGACAAGGUGUCUUCCAAGAAUGGCCUGGAGUCUUAUGCUUUUAACAUGAAGUCCACUGUGGAGGAUGAGAAAUUGCAGGGCAAGAUCAGUGAUGAGGACAAGCAGAAGAUACUAGAAAAAUGCAAUGAGAUCAUUAGCUGGCUUGAUAAGAAUCAGACUGCAGAAAAAGAAGAAUAUGAGCAUCAACAGCAGGAGCUAGAAAAGGUCUGCAACCCUAUCAUUACCAAGCUGUACCAAAGUGCUGGGGGAAUGCCAGGAGGAAUGCCAGGUGGAUUCCCAGGAGCUGGUGGUGCUCCCUCUGGUGGUGGCUCCUCUGGACCAACCAUUGAAGAAGUUGAUUAAAUAUAAAUAAUGAUGUACACAUUAACUAAAUGUGGAUCCCAGUAGGCCUAAUAUGUAUGCAAAAAUAUGCAUUUAAUAGCUAUUUUGUGAGUCAGCAAAUGCAUUUUAAAACAAAGCAAAUCUGUUUGUUAAAGUUCUAUAUUAAUUUCUGGUGAGUGACAAUAAAGAAAUCCCUCUGAAGGGUUUUUGUUGUCCCCUGGCAGAUGCAGUGCAACACUGAACAUAUUUUAGAUUUUAUUACAGCAUAUUGUAGAGAGCUAGCUGAUGAAUUUCAGAUUAAUUGUGUGGAACAGUUGUUUCAAUAAUGCAUAGUGCAUAAUUCAUAACGUUAGCAUAAGCCAUAUUAUUAUUAAGCCAAGACAUCAAAUGAAAUGAUCCUAGAGAUUAUGGUUAUGUGAGACAUUACCACUAAAAUGAAUAAACACUUUUACACAGUCUACACAAUCAUCAAUAAAUUGUUAUAAAAAAAAACUACACAUACAAGUUAUUCAUUUAUCAUUGUUGUUAAGGGUCUGAGACUCAUGAAAGUGACAGCUGGUAGAUGGAAGAGUCACAGCUUGUUUCCCUUCAGCACUCAUUAAUAGCAGCAAGAGAAAAGGCAUCACAUGAAGUGUACAGCAAAACAGCUCUAUAGUGGCUUCAGGGCAAGUCUGAAUAUCUUUGAGUGCCCCAGACAAACCCCAUCAAACAUCUGUGGAGAGACAUACACAUACUAGUCAUCUAUUUCAAUGGCAGGUGUAAUGUGAACAAAAUGUGCCAAAUAAAGUAAACCAUAUCCAA